CAUGAGAGUGAAAGGGUGUUGAGUUAGUGUUAAGACUGUUAAGAGGAGAAACGUAGAUGGCAGUAGUAAUUCCUUGCGUAGCCAAGGUUGUUUUUAUUUCCCUCUGAGUACGGACGAUUGUGUUAGAACACUUCUGAUCAAGGAUUAGAUCUAGACGAUUCGUCGAUCGCUUCGGUGACAGCCAGCAGUGUGUGGGCUGGCGUACCGUUGGCUUCGUGUCGCCAAGAAACUGUAAGUGAAGCACUCAGCGACUGCUGGUGCGAUUAUGAAUGAGAUAACAGAAUUUGAACUUUGUGUUGACGAACAGACCUGUGAAAAGCAUGUGUUUUCCAUACAUAGGUGAUAACAGUUGAGAUUAAGAGUUAUUUGACUGAGUGCGGUUGAUCGAGGAAGUGCACAGGAGAUAAACAUUGUAUCGUUAGCUGUGUGUCGCCGAUAGAGUAUUGUGUAGAGGCGAGCUGUUAUUUAUGCCUAUGCGUUUUGUAAUCUGUAAAUCCUGAGUCAUUCACACAUCUUAAUAACAUCACAUGGACAGCCUCAGGCAAUCGUUGUACGGACGUCGUGUGCUGCUCGUGUGAGAGACGGCAACUAAACACAAAGCUCACCAGUGUGGUGUGAUGUGACCUGCUACAAAAUUCAGUCAUCACUUGACACAGUGCGAGUACAAAGAAGUCAAACCUUGGUGGUGCAAGGUUCAAUAACCAUCUAUAUUUUUCAACGCCUUUGCAGACGAAGAGUUUGGAGAGCUCUUCACGCACACUUCACAAAUGAAUCAGGUCAGAGGUCAUAUGACUUUACUAUUUUUAUCCGCUUAAUCUUUCGAUCUGGUAUGUUCAUAGGAUUUGGCCAAAAGUGUGAAUUUGCGUGCUCUUGUAAAUGUUUCAAUAAAGCAGUUUUUUUAUGUAGAAGCAAAGCCAUGGCUAUGACAUUUUCUUAUCUCAGUCCUAUACUGCUACCACAACUGUCCAACCCAUCAAAAAAUAACGAACCCGGAACUGUCAUGUUAUGUCCUUGGAUAGCAGUAAAGGUUAGGUAUUAAUGAUAAAUGUUUCUCAACACUUAGUCAUUCUUAUUCUAUUAUUAUAUCUUAGUUGGUCUCAGAAGAAAAAAAGGUAUAUUUUGAGUACACCCUGUAGUUUGCCGUAAUGUAAUCCUACUUUCUGACAAAAGUGAUGUGGAGAAGAACAAGGCCGAAAAUGGAAAAAAGGGGAAAAGACGGAAUUAAAAUGAACCUGCAUCGAUGUAACAAUCGUAUUACAACAAGACAAAAGUCGAUAUCAGUCCCUGUAAACAAGAAAUGAUAUGGAUAAGGAGCUAUGGGAACUCGAGGAAUGGUACCCACCUCUAUGCCCACCGGAGACCCUCAAGGAGGACCUACUCCGAGAUGAAGACUUCACAGAGGUGGACAAGGACGCUCGGGCGAAACUUGAUUCACCAAAGGACAGUUUCAACGAACUUGUCCAGCACCUCACCAGCCAUUUGAGCUCCGAUCUACACAAGUUAAGAGCCAUUUUUGUGUGGAUGAGCGCUCAGAACAUAGGAUGUCGACAAGAGACAGGCAGCUGCGGAGAUAACAACAGUCCAGACUUUUACCUACAGGAGGCAUCAAAAAAUUAUAUUUUAAUCGAUAGAAUGUUUGCCAAGAUGUGCAGAGAUGCAAGAAUCCCAUGCGUUCUUGUGAACGGCAAGGCAAAAGGUACAACCUACGAGCCAGGUGAUGUUGAUAUAAAUGGACAAAAUACCUGGGCAAUUGUUUACGUGGCAAACAGCUGGCGGUUCGUGUUUCCUUACUGGGCCUUUGUAGGAAUAACUGGAUACCAAGAGAAAAAUUUGGUGCUGGUUGAGGACUCUGGAAAGACAAUAAAAACAAGUCUCACAGCAAAUGUCGGUAACCUGACGCCCAGUUUUAACGAAUUUUAUUUUCUGACUGACCCUGAGGAGAUGAAUUACAUAUGUCACCCAUAUGACAAAGAAAAGCAAUUGCUGACUGAACCAUGGACACAAGAAAAGUUCUUCGAGUCGCCUCACUUAUAUAGUCCGUAUUUUUCGUCUGGAUGGAAGCUGACUAACCCGUUCAUGUGCGUGAUCAAGUCUACAACUGGAUGGUGUUUAAUUGACAUGUUCAGUCCAGGAGCUGGUUAUAAACUGGAGUACAAAAUGUUUUUCGAUGAAGGUCGUUCAGGAAAAAAAUUUCCACAGGAGAUACAAACAGAACUCUACGUAACUAUAAUAAAGCGGACGCAGCAGACGGAUUCAUUUCUGGUCAGGCUUCCAGUAACAGGAACAUACAAAUUUAUAGUACGAGGAGUUCAUAGAAACAAAACCCUUAGACUAGUAGACUUUCAGAUCGUCUGUGAUGAUGUUGCUCCAGACACACAUCCCUUCCCGUCCCGCCCAGAAAACGGGUUUGGCUUUGGUGAAGCAGCUGCUGAAGCUGGUUUGUCGGAGCCUUCCCACACGGAAGGGGUUGUGCCUGUCAAAAGUGGUGACGAGAUCUGCAUCAAUUUCAAGGUUCAAGAUUAUGUGGACAUUUUGGCCAGACUUGUUGACUCCACCCGUACACCGGAAGAACUUCGGGACAACGUCAUCGUGGAGCGAAAAGGCGAUAACGUAACGGUCACGGCGAGACUGCCGGCAGACGACCCGAAACCGGAAUAUUCCCUUGAAGUAGAUACUGUAAAAAACGUAAAAGAAAAUGAUCAAUCUACAAAGAAGUUGCUUAGUUGUCAUGUUGUGAACUACUUUCUGACCAGCAAUGAAAGGCUGAAUGAAGUAAUCACGGACAGAGACACAAAGAACAAAUUGCAGUUCUAUGAAGAUGCAUGGGUCUCUGUUGGCAAGGAUGAUGCAGGAAUGUUAGAGGAAGUUGCCUCAAAGGACGAGAGGGCUGAUAUUGAAGACCCGAUAUUAGACAAAAAGAUACGAGCCAGAGAAACGUGCUACAAACGAAUGAUAGAGGAAUUGCGUGUUUCUGCACAGGAAGGAAACUUGGAACAGCUGAAUCGAAGCCUCAAAAACUGCAUGGCUGCAAACCUUCAGAACAAAGACGACAUUGAAGACGCCAAGAAAAUUCUAGUGACAUUGUGUCAGGAGGAAAUGGAGAAGGCCGUUAAAAGUAAAUCCUUAGAAGAACUCCGUGCAUGCUUCAAGAAAAUAGACAACACCUGUGUCAGUAAAAUGGUUCGGGAACAGGCUUGGUUUGAAGACGGCCAAGAAGAAAUUAAAAAGAUGGUGCAAUCCUUACGAACAAAUAACGAGGCGGCUGAGGGAAAACGUCCAGACCACGUCAAUGACGUCAUCGUUGCAGCUUUCAUUCUGAUUGGACAAAGCGAAGAGGAAUUUGACACGUGGCAGAAGGUCAACGCAAAACUGAAACAAACAAAUGAAGAACAACUGAUAAAUAAUGUAAACAGUCUGGACAACUCUUCACUUACCCGGGAGCGGGUGAGUCUUGCAACACAGAAGCUGGAACAAGCUGUCGGGACGUUUGCCGAGUACAGGUCAAUAGAAACACUCAAGAAACAGUGCAUGGAGAAGAUCACCUUUUACCGAACUAAAGGAAGUCUCAAAAGGAGGAACUAACUCCGUGCAGAAUGAAGAUGCAGAGGCUGUGACUUGUCUCCCCUACUCAUGAACAAGUGAUAAAUGCUUUGAUAAGAGAGUGACUCCUAAUCAUUUUUUCAGGAAGAAUUUUACAACGUCUCUAA